AUGUCGAAUUCGGAACAAAGAAUGCUCGAGAGCCGAAUACAAAAUGGAAGUCUCGAAGCUGUGUCAGGUCUCAUGUCCGACCAAGCUGGGCAUAGUACAACCACUUUUAUGAACGAUGUAAAAGCAACACAAAACUCAAACAUUUCUUUACCUUUAUCUCUUCAAUCAAAUCAAAUCCCAGCUUUCACGGCCAUCUUCAAAUCGAAUACCAUAGCACCUUCGCCCCCUCACAGCAGAUCCACUUCAACAAACGAGGCAUACACCCCACUCGCGCUUGACACCACUUCUCGUCUUCACCCAAAUAUAGAUUCGUCAUAUAGCCAAACUCCGAGUCCUCUAAGCGCGGGUCUGCGGAUACAAACCGAUAUCGCUCCAGGUUAUACAAUAACAUCUGCCAGCACAGGAACCGGAGUGACUGAGCGCGACUCUCCCGAUACUAUUCGCAUUCCAUCAAGAUCCGGUGGGCAGAUAGGAAUGUCUCUCGCGCGAACUCCAAGUGUGAAGAAUGUCCUGGCGAGUAGCAUAGGUAGCAACGGUUCGGCGCCAAACUCAGCAUUAUCCUCACCAAUGUUGAACGCAAUGGCAGAUGUGACCCCUCUCCCCUCACCACUCAUGUCGGGAGAUUCACCGGGACCAUGGAAACGAUUAAACUCGAGACGAACAUCCCGCGAGCAGAUGCUACCAAUGCAUGCGGAUUCGGCUCUGAUCACAUCAAACGGCGAAUCAGUUUCCUCUGCGAUUGCCAAUCAACAAAAGAGAAGAGUAUAUCAUGGGUUAAUAACAAAUGCUGUCGAAUCUGGGUUGACGGAUGCUCAAAUAAACCGAAAAAAGAAUGCUGAAGGACACACCCGGAAUAGAAGUAUGAGCGAAUAUGUACCGGAAGCUUCGCAAGUACCAAAACCUCGGAAUGUCACUGUAUCGGGUUCACAUGCUCCAAUCAUGGAUGGAGCAGUAGAUGGUCCACAAUCAGACAUGCAUAUGCGGAGAGAACCACAUUUAGCAGUUCAACGAGGAUUGGCUCCCAUUCCAAGACCACCUACCCCACCAUCGAGUCGAACGGGAGGGGAAAGCAGUGAUAGUGAUUCAUCAUUGACCACUAACAACAUUCCUAGAGCUCUUCGAAAAUCGAGAUAUGAAUACUUUGAUGCGUAUACUAGAAAUGAUUCUAAACGACGAAGAUGGAGAGGUAUAAAAGUUUUGGGCCAAGGCACUUUCAGCAAAGUGAUUUUGGCUACCAGUCAAGUCCAAGAUGCCGAAGGUCGCAUAGAUGAAGACAAUGUGUUCGGGAUUGAAUCGAUUGUUACACCUAUGGAGACAAAAGUCGACCGAAAAAAGUUGGUAGCGAUUAAGAUUUGUGAACAUGGUCCGAAAGGAGGGGCAUCUGAAGAAAGAGUAGAAAUGUCACUGAAACGUGAAUUGGAAAUCAUGAAAUCGAUACAUCAUCCUUCAUUGGUUCACCUCAAAGCUUGGAGCAUAGAAGAGACUAGAGCUAUUCUGGUUUUAAGUUAUUGUCCCGGUGGAGAUCUAUUCGAAGUGGCCAGUCAGCAUCGAGAUAUUCUCGUCCCAUCGUUACUUAGACGGAUGUUUGCAGAGCUGAUUGGUGCUGUCCAAUAUUUACAUGAUAGGCGUAUUGUUCACCGGGAUAUCAAAUUAGAAAAUGUCUUGGUCAACCUUCCUCAACAUGAACUUGCAAAACCACAAGACUGGACUAAAUAUCCUUACUCCAUCAUCACCCUCACCGAUCUCGGUCUCUCUCGACGCGUAGCCGAUGAUGAAAAACUUACUACCCGUUGUGGAUCAGAUGAUUAUGCUGCCCCAGAAGUUAUCAUGGGUCAACCAUAUGAUGGACGCGCUACAGAUGCUUGGUCUCUUGGUGUCUUACUCUAUGCAUUACUGGAAAGUAGAUUGCCAUUCGAUCCUAAUCCAGGAAUGCCAGAAGGACACAAACAACGCAGUCGAACAAGUCAUCGAAUUGCACGAGUUGAAUGGAGAUGGAUUGAAUAUUUCGGUGAAGAGGGAGAUCAUGAGAGUGACCCGGAUAAAUUCAAGGAAAAGGGAUUGUUAGGUGCAAUGGAGAUUACAGAGGGAUUGUUGAAGAGAGCAAGGAGUAGAUGGACAUUGGAGAAAGUUCAGGAAAAUGAGUGGGUCAAAGGAGGUGUUGAUGUGGAGGGUGGUGUCAAAUGGAGAGAAGAAGUCAUUCCUGAGGAAGUCAGAGGUAGUGUGGAAUUCUAG